UCGAAGACGACUUAUAAAAGCCUUCAGUAGAAAAAUAAUAUGGUCAAGCUAAUCACAUUACAAGAGGUGUAUAUAAAUAUCGUAUAUCUGUGGCAAAAUUCCAUUUGCGUGUCUUGGUCCGUGGAUAAAGAGCAGAUUAGAGACAUAUUUACUGCCAGGUUUUUCAUAUACGUAGGAACAAACAUGUUGCUCAAAGACAUAUUCGCCGUUUUCAUGAUACCGUCCAUCGUUUCUCCCGAAAAUAACUCCAGCCUGGUUAAGAACUCGGAUAGCGUGGAGUUUGAAGACAUUUGGACAAAUUUCCCCAACAUAUUCAACAACUCGGGAGGAAGAAAGCUCUUUGGAGGGAGUAGUGCGAACGGGGACGUCGACCAAUUAUUGGUCCAAGUGAACGAUGACAUUCAAAAACUGCACCUCGACUACCCGGAUGACUACUUUGACCACUUGGAGGACAAGAGUGAGGAAGUCCGAGAGCUGAUUCGAAGGAGAAAGCAAAGUGUUCAAACAACGAAGUCGGUGGACGUCGACGUCGUGACAUCAGCAGAAUCUCUAGCACCAGAUGCGCCCAGUAGGUCAACCCCACUGUCAGACGAGGAAGAAGGAGGCCAAACAGAAUUCCCAAUUUUAAUUUUACCUUCUCCAAUUGACGCCACGACUACUGCCGCUACUACCACGACCACCAAAAAGCCAUCCAUCAUCAGCGAAGUGAAGAACGAAGCGAGCUCGUUUUUUGGGAAAAUUGUUAGCCCAAUUUCUAAUGCUGGAAGGAGUCUCUUUGGGAAGAAAACCACGACUACAACCACGACCACGACCACGACUACUACCACGCCAGCUCCGACAAAGCAAGUGGAGGUGACCAAACCGUGUCCCUUAACAUACCAGAUAUUCUUUCAGGGGGAGUGCCGUAACCUGUUACAAAAUCAGUACUGCCAACCCACCCAAUGGCUCAUAGAAGACCCCGACACACUGGGUGCCAAAUGUGUGGAAAACCCGUGUCACGCCAAGACCAACACGGCCUCCUUUGGAGAGAAGAAAUGCAUCACUGUGGGUCACGAGAGCGAGUGUCACACUGGAAUGAAGACGUACAUUUAUAGGUCGGGUGUGGUGGAAUGUGACUGCAAAGAGGGACAUUUGUUCAACAAAGAGGACGGGACUUGCUACCAAGCCUACACACGAGGCCCCUGUUCAAACGGACAGCACUUUAAAUUGUCCAAAGGGACGGAGGGAACCCCUGUCUGUAUGUCCAACCCCUGCGUUCAUGAAGACUAUUUCUGCAAUGCGCCCCGAUGCCCAAAGCAGAGAAAUUGUGAACGAAUGGGGUCCCCUUGUGGAGCGAACGGCGCGGCCAAGUAUGUCCUCGACCCGGUCACAUUCUCCCCUUAUUGCAACGAAGGCGAACUCGCGCUGCCACCUAAAAUUAUUGGUAAUGUCCCUAUCCUGACAUGUGCACCCGGAUCACGCAGGGACAUUCUCGGGAACUGUAGGACGCCUACAACGAUAGAUUUUAGUUAGAUCAUAAUCAAAUAAGCAUGCAAACCCCCAAGUCGAGCUUCUUUAAAACAUGUGCCGUGCUUUGUAGUAUCGUAUUGUAGAUAAUUUUAACUUCGGAUACACCCUCAUCAUAGUAGAAAAUUUGUUAAAAACCAAAUGAUCAGUCGGGUUGACGCACUUUGCUUUCCUAGCAAAAUCCCCAGUCACUUCGCUAGAACAGAGGGAGCAGGGUACAUGAUCUAAGCAAAAUAAUAAAUACCAGGAAUUGAGGGAAAUAUUACUGACGACCAGUGUGCCUUAACUUACCGAUUGAACAAUUUGGUUCUUGGGUCUGUGGAUGAAUCAUAUAAUGCAUUUCUAACAUCACAAAUAACGCUACCUGAAACCGUUUGAUCAUAAAUUAGUCCAAAAAAACAGCUCAUUGGAUUUUACAUGUGUGAAUCUGGCCCAUCCGCCGCAUAUGCAGGUAUCGCAAUCUGAGAUUUUGCUAGUGAGAGUUGGGAGUUUGCAAAAGCCAUUAGCACCUUUAUUUUUUAUCGUCAUUACUCGAAGGUAAGUAUGUACAAGCCAUGGAUGUAUAAGAAUCUCAGCUUCAUUCAUUUCGAUCGGACUCGUAAUUUAACUACAGUGUUCCUUAGCUUUGGUACAAGCGUUGCCAUUCAGCAGCAGGCUAAACUGAUUGCUCUUUUUGCAUUGACCAACAUAAUGAAUACGUCACUACAUCCACCUUGACCAUGAUGAAUGUAAAUGGCCAAAUUGGAUAUUACGUCAAGUGAUGUCAUUCAUAAUCAAUUCAUAAAACACCUUUUAAGAUCGAUGCAUUUCUUUGGCAUGUACAUAAAUAAAAGUUUCUGAGGCACGAGGACUAAUCAUCAAAUCACAUUUGUGAGAGCACCAGCAUUAAAAUCGAGUAGUAGACUAUACAGUAUUAAUCAAUAGAGGCUAAAAUUAAAAAUUAGUGCUAAAAAAUGGAAAGAAUUUUAAUUCUACUUUGUGCUCUAUCAGCCUUCCCAAUUUCUACGAGCAAAGCUAGCCCAAUUUUAACAAUUUUUGCUCAGGCACGACACACGAUGGCAAUCUCUUCUAGCACGGAAGGCAGCAAAACUAAUAGUAAUAUUUUGCACUAUCAAAACCCGGUUUUUGCUGAAGUUACCAAUGACGAACAGCAAAUUCUCGGCGCUACCUCCACUAUGAACCCUGCAAGUACAACUCUGCCCCCACAGCAGCAGCAAAUAUUGAAGGAUUCUACAAUGACGACGCAUCAAAUGCAACAAAACUACUCUUCUAGUUUAAAUUUCACGUGCAGCAACCCUUCACAAACUGAGUACAAAGGGAAGUGCUUGCAAGUGUUGCAACGACUCCCUUGUCCUCCUGGGGAAUGGUUGGUAGAAGAUGCGGCGUCCGGGAAGGGGACUUGCGUGGAAAAUAAGUGCCCCAACAAUGCCAACACUGGAUUCUAUAAAGGUCGAUGUGUCAAACUAUCAUCUGAGAACUGCCCCAGAGGGAUGAGAACUUAUAUUUACAAGACUGGUGUGGUGGACUGUGACUGUAAGGACGGUCACAUCUACAACUCGCAAGAUGGAUUCUGCUAUGAGGCCUACCGUCAAGGUCCAUGCAAAUCAGGAAUGGUCUUUAUCUCGACAACAGAUCAUGUUGGACGGACAACAACAAUGUGUAAAAGAAAUCCAUGCAAAACAGAUGGGUACUAUUGCAGUGGGGGAGACUUUAAGUGCGAACAACGAAAGAUUUCUACAUACUGGGUUUUCCCAAACUAUGGGCUAUUCAAAUUUCCAAAGACACAGCAACCUCUCGUCUCGUGCAUCAAAUUUGGUUCACCAUGCACAUCGAACGGACAAGGAGUAUUGGUUAUUCAUCCCGAAACAAACCAACCUUAUUGUCAGCAGGAUUUGCAUGACAUAAGCUUGGGUACUUCUAAUACGAGAAUUAUUGGAAAUGUCCCUAUUUUUAAAUGCGCAGCUGGAUCGAGGAGGGACAUUCUUGGCAACUGCAGAACUCCGACGGUGAUUGAUUUUAGCUAGCUAUUUAUUACUACUGAAUACUCAGCUUAACUUAUACGCAAUGAAAUUAAAAUAAAUUAUUGAAAUUUAAGUAA